AUGCGUGUCGCCGUGAUUGGGGCUGGGGUGAUGGGUCUGUCCACAGCCCUUUAUCACGACCGAUAUCACUCGGCUGAGCAGCCGCUGCAGGUGGAGAUCUACGCGGAUGAAUUCUGCCCCGGCACGACCAGCAGUGGCGCCGCCGGCCUUUGGCAGCCCUACCUGUACGACAAAGGGAACACGCAGGAAACGAUCUGGAACAAAGAGACUUUUGAUUAUCUGCUCCGACAUGUCAAUUCACCGGAAGCCAAGGAGAUGGGGCUGUUUCUGCUCUCCGGAUACAACCUCUUCACACGACCGGUUCCCGAUCCAUCAUGGAAACAUAUUGUCUUGGGAUUCAGGGAACUGUCCCAGAGGGAGCUUGAGCUGUUCCCCGGCUACAGCUUCGGCUGGUUCAACACGGCCCUGAUCUUGGAGGGCAAAUCUAUCUCACCUGGCUUACCAACCAGUAUGUAUGAGUUGACCUCGCGGAAGGUCCAAUUCUUCUAUCGGAAAAUCAAGUCCUUCCAGGAGCUGACCGCUGAAGGGGUGGACGUGGUGGUCAAUUGUACCGGGAUUCGUGCCGGAGAGCUACAGACUGACCCUGAGCUGCGUCCAGGCCGAGGACAGAUCAUCAAGGUCGAGGCCCCCUGGGUGAAGCAUUUCAUCGUCACCCAUGACGUUGACGCUGGGAUCUACAGGGAGCCCUACAUCAUCCCCGGGAGCCGCACGGUGACCCUGGGGGGGAUAUUUCAACUGGGGAACUGGAGUACGGAGAACAACGCAGAGGACCGUAAGAAAAUCUGGGACGGAUGCUGCAAGUUGAUGCCCAGCCUCCAGGAAGCCAAGGUGGUCGAAGAAUGGAGCGGUUUGCGCCCAUCACGCCCGGCAGUCGGCUGGAACACGAGACCGUUCGUCACGGGGUGCUCCGAUCCGAGGGUGAUUCACAAUUACGGCCACGGAGGGUUUGGGCUCACCAUUCACUGGGGGUGUGCCAUGGAAGCAGCCAAACUCUUCGGGAAGAUCUUAGAAGGCCAGAAGUUGACCAAGCCUCCUCGCGCACAUCUCUGAACAAGGGCAAAGGUGUUGGAACCCCUUCUGUGUGUUUUUGGUACCAAAAAAAAUAUGUCCCAAAUGUUGAUGGAACAACCAUGGGAAGCUGCAGAUGGAAAAUUUGUAAGAUCAACAAUUGCAUGGAUUCCCAAGUCUUAAGUACAGAUAAACCUCAAGCUUUCCACCUGGA